AUGGCUUCGUCCUCUACAGCAUCGCAGCCUCCCCCUGUUAUCCAACCCCUUCCCAAAUUGCAUCAUAGAUUCGCCCCUGGUACCCGAGUUAUCCACCGUCGACUUUUCGCCGAGAAUGAUCAGGCCAUCCUUCUCGAAUAUGCGAAGGUAUCUUAUCCUGUCCUAACCGUUGUCCGUAAUAUCCUUCUGACAUUCGUCAUUAUUACGCAGAAUUACAACGUCGACAACGCAGAAAGUUUGAACAAGUCAGCCCUCGUCAAGGUGCUGACGACCCACAACAGAUACAUACCCCUCCUGCCCCACCAUUCUGUUCUGAAGUUGGAUGGCCGCGAGAUUAUAUCCGCCUCCAGUAGCAGUCACGACGGUGAGGGUGAAAGGUCCGUGGGCAAGACCGACAAUUCCACCAGCUAUGGCCUUGACGGUAAUCACCGGGACGCGCCCCCAGCCGAUGGAAGCGAGCCUUCCUGGUUCAAAGGUGCCAUCUCGAGCCUCAAGGGUAGCAAAGAGAAAGUCUUCGGCGCCUUCAUGGGGAAGAAAUUCACCAAGAAGAGCACCAAGGCUCUCCUCGAAAAUGCAGCCGCCGCAGAGUACCUUAGUGACUACGCUUCAGGCGACGAUGAGGUCGCCAUCGCCAGUAAAACUGUAGACGCGUCAUGCUCCAACGGUCAUGCCAAGCGACCUCGCGAGGAGGAGGACGAUAGCUACCGUCAGGCCGACCUCGGCGAUGAAGGCGAGCUUUGCUUGCCACUAUCGGCUUUCCAAGGCCGCGGGAUGCCCAAGCGGCGUCGUGUCGUUAGUGUCCAAGAGGUUGACGAGUUUAUCGCGUCGGUUGUGCCGGACGACGAGCCCAUCCUCAGAGCUACCGCGUCAGAUUCUUCAAGACCUGCGGAACCAGAUGCCACCUCAGCCACCAAUCCAGCGUCUUCGUCGACCGUCGCUUCGAAGUCUACCCCCAGCACACCAACCGAGCCUGUAGCUCCGUCCACCGUCGAAUCGGCGUCCUCCUCUGGGAUCGUACCACAAGGAGUCUCUGAGGCCGCACCCCAUGCUUCGAGCACCUCCUCUACUACUCCUCCGCCUUCACCCAAUAAGAGGAGUCGAGUCGAAGACGCCGAUGAUUCGGAGGACGACGACGACAGCAAGAGCGUUGGAAGUGCAAGGAAGAAGACUAGGCGCACCACCGACGGCGAUGCUUCAGAGAUUGAACAACCAGACUUCCCAGCUCCUUACCUAGAACCAUGGGCGCGCCGCCGUCCCAUGACAGAUGAGGAACUGCGAAAGGAAGCCGCACGACGCCUCAAGGAAUGUUUCAUGUGGGUUCCACGAGACGAGGCUGCCGAUGAGGCAGACUCCGACUACGUGCCGUCGGACGGCGAAAGCAGCGAAGAAGAGUCCGAGGACGAGGAAGCCAAUAGAGCCGACAACGCCCUCCCACGUUCAUACAUCUACCUGUUGAAACACACUCCAAAAGCCAAGGAUGUUAUUGGACAAUGGCUCAAAAAUUGGACGAUCCUCGAAAAUCCAGAGGAUUGUUAUACGCUUGACUGGUCGGGCCCCAGAAACCGAGUGCCUCUUCGUGGCCCCGUGGAAACUCGAUCCAAAGCCAAAGGUUUCCCUUUGCCAAUCCAAUUUUCACCCGCGUUCUCCGAACAGUACAAUGCCUACGAAACGGAGAAGGCGCUACGAGGGCAUUCGCCAGAGGCGCCUGCCCAAAAUAUUCCUCCCAAUCGUCGAUUGAAACGCGAUCGCCAACGUGUGGAUGACGACGGAAAAAUCCAUACACCUCAGGAAUCACCAGAAUACAGGAAGCAACGACAGGAGCUGAAAGACACUCUUCGUUCGAUGGGGAUGUCUAAAUCCUUCACCGAGACACCCGAUUCGCCGCCACCAGCACGAAAGCCUUCCAAACCGUCUGCGUAUUGGAAUCCGGAACACAUCGACAUCUGGACUGGCAAACCAAAGCGAAAGCCUGACUCGUCAAAAGGUGCUCCAUCGAAUGCAAAGGCUGGCUCAUCCAAAGCUGGUCUACGGUAGAUCGGAAAAGUUCCCCCAGUUGUUCAAUAACGUAGGCUUGAAAGUUAGCCUUAUUUAUCUGUAUCGUUGAUCGUUGAUCGUCCGACAUUUGUGGUAGUUACUAACGUUCCAAAAUUCCUUCGAAGAAAGUGUCUCGGGCUUCAAAAUAUAUUUCUUCCCUGAGUGU